AUGACUAAAUUUGAUCCGUUGAACUGUACAAUCAGUUACAUGACUUGUACUGAUUCGGUAAAGAUUUCUAUAAAAGACAAUUUUUAUCCAAAAUCGAAAUUAAAUGUCGAAACCUUUAGCAUGGAACUAGAAUAUUACCAACCGAAGCCGGAUGUUCCCGGAAAAAAUGACGCAAGCAUAUUUUGGCUACGGAUGACGUCUUCUUCGCUGGGAGUUUGGCCGGAAAGUGUUGUUGGGAAUCAAAAAGUAUGGUGGACUUGUUUGUAUUAUUUUAUGAUAGUGAUGCAUUGGUACAACACUUACGCACAGGUGGUUUUUUUUCACAAUAUGGGCGAGUUGAAAACUAUAACUGAGGGCCUCUGUUCGCUUGGCAGUAUUUGUGCAACCGGAAUAAAAAUAAUGCGCUUACACAGCUUUCGGGACGAGAUUUUCAAAUUACUUCAAACAAUGAAAAAUCAUGACAUGUUGAGACAAAUCAAUUUCUUGAAAAAAGGGAAAAACGAAAAAACCUUCGACAAAAUCGAACAGAUUAUGCAGAACAAAUGGAAAGAAGUGAAUUACAAUUUACGGUUGUACGCUUUUUCGGUUGGUAUCGUGGCAAGUUCUUAUUCAAUUGUUCCAGCUGUCAUCAAUAUGAUUAAUGUGUUCCAAGGAAAUGAUACUCCGAAACGUUUCGUUUAUAAAACCUUCUAUCGCUACUUGGAGAAAGCUAAAUAUCAUACACCACUUCAUGAGCUGUUGUUCUGUUCGGAGUCACUAUCCGGAUUCACGACCUGGGCUGGUGUAGUCGCUUUUGACGGAUUGUACGUAUUGCUUACGAUGCACUUGGUGGCAAUGUUCAGCACGUUGAAUUUGAUACUCAGAGAUACUACCAACGUCAACUUCAACGAUGAGGAGAGACAUUUUUUCCUGCUAGAAUGUAUCAAACAUCACAUAAGAACCAUGAGGUUCAUGGAUUCUAUCAAUGAGAUUUUUUCCCCGAUUCUUGUUGUUCAAGUGUUUGCCAGUGCUUCGAUCAUUUGUGUAAUCGCUUUCCAUACUAGUGUAAAUGCGAGUGAGCGUGAUUCACAAAUUCUUGUAAUGUUCUUAUACUUGAUCGCAGCCAUUUAUCAAUUGUUCCAGUUUUGCUAUUAUGGACAAAGAGUGCAGAAUGAGAGCAUGCAAUUACCGAACUCAGUAUACGAUUGCGAUUGGUAUAAGUGUUCGAAAAAAUUCAAAUCGACGUUGCAUUUUAUGCUUCUAGACGUUCAGAAAACAGUCGAUAUCAGUGCUCAUAAGUUAUUCGUCAUGUCGCUUGAAACAUAUUUGACGAUCAUGCGGACUGCUGCUUCGUAUUUCACUGCACUACAGACGUUGACAGAAGAGUAACUAAUAAAUGUGUGUCUGUAGUAAUGUUCAAUAUUUAACCCGAUGAGCAAUUAUGUUUAACAUAUUUUUCGACUAACAUCAUCAACCCUAUCAGCAAAUGACAGUUUCUCUUUUGAGUAUUAUUUUCUGUACAGGUUAUCAAAUUCAAUUUGACCUCAAGACUCUGCUUUUCCCCUUUGAGCACUGAAAACAACAUCGAUAAUCUAUAUUGUAUCGCAUAGCCGAGAGACGUCAUCCAGCAUGUUCAUUGUUUUACUGCCCUGACACUAAACCUGUCUGGAAUCGAGAAAAUUGCCGUGAAAGCCAGUAUUUUUUUCUAAUUGUAACCAGAGACUCGGACAUAUGAGUCACGCAAAGCGAACAUCAUAAAACUGGUGCCCCCAACUCGUGGACAACUUGACAGCUCUCAUACAUCGAGCAUAGAAAUAAAAAUUUUGGUUCUCUGGUUCCACAAUGGUGUCGUAAAUGGAUUUUAUUCAGUUGAAGCUUACUACCAUAAGAAACUGCGCUUUUGGGUUUGUACACCCAAACCUCCAUUUACGAACCUUAUAUAUGUAUGUAUGUAUGCUUACACACUCACUCAUUUACGUAUAUGUGUAUAUAUUUAUACAUAUAAAUGAUCGCUUUUACUUCACCAAAAUUUAUAUGUAUAAAGUAAUACAUAUAUUUGCACACAUGUGUACGUAUAUUAAUACAUAUAUACAUAUAUAAGAUACGUAAAUGGAGGUUUGGGGGUAUACAUGUUACUUGUUUAUUAU